GUGGGAAAAUGUCACAGGAACUUAACCUCAACCUCUUGAAGGGACUGGAGCAAGAGAUUAUUCUGGAUGUCUUGUAUCGUGACCAAAUAUUGAGAAAGAUGGAUGAAGAAAGAGUGAGGAAACUAAAAAUGCAGCUGCAGCAACUUCGGUGGAAAGGGUCAAAAAGCACCAGCCAUGAAUACCCAGAGAAGUCAUGUGCCCGCUGUCAGAAAGCUCUUGGAGUGCUGAUGAAUAGAGGUGCUGUGUGUAAUGGGUGCAGCCAUCUAGUAUGCUCUGAAUGUCGCAUCAUUCUGAAUCCCUACAUGUGGAAAUGCACUCUCUGCUACACUCAUGAAGAUGUUAAAGCAAAAGCAGGUGAAUGGUUUUUUGAGGAGCGAGCAAAGAAAUUUCCAGCUGAAGAUAGGCAUGAAACUGCUGGCACAAAGCUCCUGAAAUCUUAUCAGAAACUAAGUAACAUUUCUGUGGUUCCUCCAACUCCUCCUCCAUUCUCUGAAAAUACAAGUGGAGUUAAUGCAGUGGAACAUGACCAGAAGAAAAGUUUCCAUAGGUCUCUGGAAAACAUAUUUCUGUCUUUUACCACAAAUAUAAGAAAUAUCUCCAAGUCCCAGAAUGACAUGGUAGUUGACAAAUGUCUUCUAACGGCAGAUUAUGGACAGGAGAUGGAACUAAGGAAAGAAAAAAGGAGUCAGUCUGACACUGCCAUUGAUAUUGGAACCAGGAUAAAACAGGCCCCAAGUCUUCAGCGACUUAUAAGUGGAGUACAAAUGGAAAGUGGAACUGAUCCUGAAAGGGAUUCCAUUCAAAAUGUUACUUCAUCUAGUCCUCUAAGUACCAUAUUAUCUGCUGGAAUAAAACGAGGCAGUUUGUAUAGCAUAAACAGUACUUGCAGUGAGGCUGGCGACUUUGAUAAAGUUGAUGUCAGUGGUGAAAUAGAAUUUGCCAUCAGGUAUAUUUUCAACACUAGCAUGUUAGAAAUACGCAUCAAGGCCUGCAAGAAUUUGGCUUAUGGAGAGGAGAGAAAGAAAAAAUGCAAUCCAUAUGUCAAGACUUAUUUGCUACCUGAUAAAUCUCCUCAGAGUAAACGGAAGACAGCUGUCAAAAAGAACACAGUGGAUCCUGCUUUCCAUGAAACAUUAAAGUACAAAAUUGAAUACUCCCAGCUGGAAAUGCGACAACUUCAAGUGUCUGUCUGGCACUCUGGAACUUUCAGACGCCGAGUAUUCCUUGGAGAAGUGGUCAUACCAUUUGAAUCUUGGAAUUUCGAAGAAAAGUCAAAUGAGUUUUUUAGUUGGUAUCAACUCAAAGCAAAGGCUGAAAAGUCUAAAGAUAACAUUAUUCACUACAGUGGACAACUUCUGGUACGUGCAAAGCUGGUUUCACCUUCCCUGCAUAACAAAGACAAAACUGAUCCUCGCUACCAGCUCCAUCUUAUAGUACUUGAAGCCAAAAAUUUGCCAAUGAUAAGACCUGAUGGCCUACUGAACUCAUUUGUUAAAAGCUGCCUUUGCGUCCUGGGGCAACAUGACAUGAAACAAAGGACUCCUGUGCUGAAGAAACAAGCCCAUCCACAAUGGAAACACUUGUUCGUCUUUAAUGGGGUUACCGCGUCUCAGCUGCAGCAGUCUUGCCUGGACUUAACUGUCUGGAAUCAAGCACCUUUUGGCUUACGCGAUCAGUUUUUGGGUGGUGCAAGGCUUGGAACAACAUUCCAAACCAGAACCUCAGAUGCAAUCUCCCAAGCAUGUCUUCAGUGGCAACAAGUGCUCAGCAGCCCAAAUGAAUGGACAGAUAUAGCACUUACCUUACAGUCCAGUGCUAAUAUGUUUAACUUCUGA